CUUCAUUCGUACAACCAGAGUCCGUUCUGUCAGAUAUGUUCUAGAGUUAUAGGUGCGUUCUUUUAUUCCUCCGCGUAACUCCGCGCGACCGGCAUCCGUUUAAAAAUUUCCACCGAACGCGUUCAUAUAUUCCGGCAGUACUCAUCGGACGGAUAUUAACGAACGCAUCCAAUGUGUCAGGUCGCCGAUAGCUGUCGCUCGAGUAGCUUUGCGGCGAUAAGUCGGUUUAUUCAGUAGGUUAUCAAGCAAUUUUGUCGUUUUCGAGCAUUUUCGUAAUAUUUUUUCUACGGGAAAGAGAAACGGCAGCAUGCCGAAUAAGUGUUUUGUGUCCUGGUGUAAGUCUGGCAAGCGCAAAUCUCGUGAGAAGCGUCAUUUUUUCACGCCAUAUCCGAACCUGUUAGAUAAGUGGAGACAUUUAAUUCCUCGAAGAAGAGAUUUAGAAUUCUCCAAAAAAUCGAAAAUAUGUGACUUGCAUUUUGAUGAAAGAUUUAUACUUAAGAAUUAUGUGCAUAUAAUUGAGGGUAAAAGAGUCGAGAUGCCACGUGGAAAAUGGCAACUGACACGUGAUGCUUAUCCUACGAACUUUCCCAAUUGCCCGUCAUAUUUGCCUGUUAAAGUUCCUAAAUUACGUCAGUCUUCAAGGAAGAGAAAAACUACUCCCAACGUAAAUAACAAUUCAAAAGUUGUAAAGGUAUUAUCGACCCCGAGGAACAAGGACAACAGAAGCAACAGUCUGCAGCCAUCGACGUCUAGACAGUCAACUGAAAUGGAACUUAUUCUAGCUCAAAGGCACGUGAACAACAUCGUAUCUGAGAUAGUUCCAGAAAUCGAGCAAAACAAAGUUUUAGGCAUGGAUACUCCAGGGCAAAGAAAGCGGAGAAAAAGAAGUCUUGCCAGUACUACCCGAGAUCGCAACUAUGUUAGACGUAACCGAGCCAAAGUAGCCUAUUCUCAGAAAGAAAAGGAAAAUAAUAGAAAGUACAAAGCCACGCAAAUAAAAUACGUCGAAGAAGUUGUCGAUUCUUCUCGAGAUAUGCAAAUUCUUGACAAUGCAGAGGCUGUAGAACAGGUCAAAAUUACCACAUUGGGAUCCGGAUGUGAAAUUGGAAGAAGCUGUCGAGAGACAGGACCAGUGGGAGGAGCCUCUUGGUACCGGAGAACAGGUAAAUGCAAAGAACCUGCAGAAGGAGCUUGCAUAUUAAAUAUGUAA